UGUUCAUUUUAUAAUUAUUAUUUUGCAUUAGAAGUAAAUAUUUUUUCUUUUAAAUUAUAUUUAAAAUGGAUAAUGAUAGUGAUUCUGAUAUAGGUGAUAUUUUAAAUGAUCUUCUAGCUAAUAGUGAAGUAGAAGAAAAUAAUAAAUCACCUCCAAAAGAAACUCUGAAAGAAUUAAACUUUAAUUUUUUAGAUAAUACUUCUAAAUUAAAUAAUGAAAAUGAAUCUAUUAAUGUUCAAAAGAAAAGUGAAAUACAUGAUGAUAUACUGGAUUCUUCAGAUGAUGAAGAUAGACGUUAUUUUGAGAAACAAAAAUAUUCUAGUUAUGGACGUGAUAUAAAGUCUUUAUUAAAGAAAGAAACUAUUAAAAAGAAUGAAGAUAAACCAUUAUCAUGUAAAACAAAUAGUAAAACAUUUGAUUUUAAUGCAACAAAAAUUAAUAAAAAUGUAAAUAUGAAUAAUAAUAUCACAGUUAUUUCUAAAGAUAUUUAUAGUGAUCCAUUUUUUGGUUUGAGAAUCAUUAAUCCAAUUGUUUCUUCAGCAGAAUUAAAAGCACGUAUGAUUGAUAAAAUAGCAGUUACAGUAUCAAAAAUAAAAUAUCAUCUUAAUUCUGAAAAUAUAGAGAAAGAUUGGGUAAUUGCAGGAGUAUUAAUAAAUAAAUCUUUACCAAAAACUUCUCAAAAAGGAACUUCAUAUUCUAUAUGGAAAAUAAGUGAUUUAUCUGAAAAUAUAAACACUAUAAGUCUUUUUAUGUUUAGUAAUGCUCAUAAAACUCUUUGGAAAACAACUAUUGGAACUGUGAUAGGUAUUCUUAAUCCAAAUAUUUUAGAAUCUAAAGACAAUUUUGAUUUAGCUACAUUAGCAAUUGAUAAUCCUCAAAGGAUCAUGAUUCUUGGUAAAUCUAAAGAUAUGGGAAAAUGCAAAUCAAAGAAAAAAAAUGGAGAACAAUGUAAUUCUAUUGUAAAUAUUAGUCGCUGUGAAUUUUGUUUAUAUCAUGUGAAAAAAGAAUAUAAAAAAUGUUCUCUUAGAGCAGAGUUACAAUCAUUUAGUAACACUCAGAAUUUUUCAAUAGAUAUGUUAAAAAAAAAAACACGACAACAACAGAAACCAUUUUUAAACAAUAUGCCUGAAUUUCAUACUGUUGUUGCAAUGAAAAGCAAAAAAUUAGAAGAAAAAGAUGCUAAACGGUUAGCAUUACUUUCAGGAAGUCAGAAAAAUGAUAAUUUAAUUAAUAAAAAUUUAAAUAAUAUGAGAGAUGAAAAUGAAAAAGUAGGAAUAUCAGAACAACAAUUAAAAAAAAAUUUUGAACAAAUAAACAAAUCAAGAGGUUGGAAAGCUGCUCUACUAUCUCAAGCAUCUUUAAAUUCUUGCAAAAAUAAUAAUAUAGAAAAAAAAAAUUUAAAUAUGCUUUCUUCAAAUCCCCAUUUAGGUAUUGGUUGUCAUAGAGGAAUAAUAGAUUUGUCAGAACCUAUAACUAAAAAACAAAUUAAUAUUGCUAAAAGAAAUGCAGUUAAUUGGGUUAAAGAAAAUGGAAAAAUCAAACCUAAGGAUCCAAAUAAAGUACAUUUGAAUAAAGAAGAAAAGUUAGAAAGGGGGAAAAAACGACCAAGAGAGACAGAAAAUGAUGAAAAGCAAGAAAUAAAAAAACCAAAUAUCUUAUCAGAUAAAUUUAAAGAAAUGAUGCAAACUAAGUCUACUCAUACUGAUCUUAUUGAAAAAUCUUAUGAGCAAGAAAAAGAUAAAUAUUUCAAUAAGCUGGAAAUGAAAGAAAAAUUAGAAGAAAAAAUGUUAACUACUUAUAAAAUUCCUUGUAAAGCUGUUAAAUGUUUAGUUUGUAAAUAUAUAUCAUUUUCUGCUUCUGACAUGUGUAAGGAUCAAAAACAUCCAUUGCGUGCUAUUGAUGCAAUAAAAAGAUUCUUUAAAUGUGCAGAUUGUGGAAAUAGAACUGUAAGUUUAGAUAGAAUACCUUCGCAUAGUUGUAUAAAAUGCAGCAGUUCAAAUUGGAUAAAAGCUGCAAUGAUGGAUGAAAGAAAAACAAAUGUUUCUAUCACCGCAUUAUCCAUACGUGGAGACGAAGAAACUUAUAUAGGAUCAAUCAUCAAAGAUGCCAAUCUUAAUCUCUUAGUACCAGAAAAUGAUGACAAAUAAUAUCAUGCUGAUUGAAAAUUUAUAAAUGAUAUAUAUAAAAGAGUGACAUCUUUUUUAAAACUUUUACAUCUAUUUAAUUUGUAUGCUAUGUUAUAAAU